UCUUAUUGAGCUCCUAGAAUCUGAUAAAGACCAGGGAGAAACAACGUACCUGUUCAGAAUCACAUGCAAACAUGAAAUCGUAUAGUUAUAUGGGCUUUGGACAUGUAUGUUAAGGCAUGGUGUUAGGCUUGUGAGUCGUCUAUAUGUACGACAUAUUUCUUACCUCCAGGUGUUUCUGUCUCAAUGUGCACCGGUCAUUUUCUCAGUCUUACUAUUCUAGCCAAGUUGAGGUGGAGGAAUUGUCAAUAGGGUGUGAAAGUGGAGUACAUUAUAGUCAUAUGCAUGCCGAUGAGACUCGAACCUGACUAUACUUGUGUGUGGCUUCUUGGUGGAGUGGCAGUACGUCAAGGCAACCCUGUAGGACUUAAAAAUCAUCUGAGCUGGAUGUGAUGUGUACUGCUUUUCUGUAGGCAUGGAACUCGUUGUGUAUUUUUUUCUGGUGAAAAUGUUUGAAAACAAUUUGAUUGCGGCUGCCCCAUUAGACUUUGACUGCUACGGAGACCGCUGCACCCUCGGGGUGGACUACUGCGACGAGGGUGCUGGACGUUGCGUACCCUGUAGUCAGAAUCUGGAUCUCUGCGGUGCAGUCAAAAUACACAGUGCCUGUCAUCUCUUCUGUUUGAAUUUGACGGAGCAAGAGCCAAGUACCGUUGACUCAACCAUUAAUGUGACAGAAGCUCCCGCUAGGCCCCAUGCUACUACAUGUCGAAAGCGAACUCAUGCUGAGCAAGGCGAGGAACCCACGUUGAUUCUACUGGUGACAGUGUUCAGCGUGAUGCUGGUAAUAAAUCUCUGUGUUUUCUUUGGCACCAUCGCACUCCAAUAUCUGAGGAAUGGACCCUGCAAAUACCAACCGUCGAUUUAUCACUUUUAAAAAAAACAUUGAGGGUAUCAAAUGGAGAGAGUCCGCGUAAAAGAAGAAUUCAUCACUCGGACCAAUCGUCCUGCCUUGAACAAAUGGAUGUUGGUAUCGGAUGUGCACUUUAAUAUCUGUUCCGAAUAAUAUGGGGGCGGUGGGGUGGCCUAGUGGUUAAAGUGUUCGUUCGUCACGCCGAAGAGCUGGUUCGAUUCCAAACAUAGGUACAAUGUGCGAAGCCCAUUUCUGGGCCCUGUUCCACAGAGCGAUCUUAGCAGUAAGAUGAUCGUAACUCCAAUACUUUAACAUAGGCUUACGACAGUCGUAGCGCUAAGAUCGCUUUGUUGAACGGGUCCCUGGUCUUAUUAUGUCAGCUAUUGUUUUUUACGCUGGGCCAGCUUGAUGUGGGAGGAACGCCCGAAGUGAAGCAGAUCAUAUACGUUUACCGUGAAUAUGGAAUAUUGUUGACGAACGAAGGAUCGGAACUGGUAUUCGAACCCAUGGUUCUAGGAUCCUGGCGUGCCUAAGAGACGCAACUCUCUGGAAUGAAAUGCAUAUUUGAAAGAUAGUUAUCAAAUGAUCUCAAUAAAGAUUUGCAAUUA